AUGCCGGAAGGGGCGCACGAUCGAAGCCUCUUGCGUCGGGUGAUUGAGGCCGCCCUCUUCCGCGAAGACCACCACUACCCACCCAUGGCCGCACAUGCGGCCGCUGCAGCAGAGCGCACUGGAGUGCCAGACCUAGAAUCAGGAAAGCGCUUCGCCGUUCCGGUGAACGACCCGAAUCUCCUCAUCCCAGCAAACGACAAGCUUCUAAUCUUCCGCGCUCUGACCGGUAUCGACAGUGUCCCUGCUCUCACAUCAGGCGGGCAUCUUCUUCGUACCGCGCCCAACGUCAGCAUCUACACGCGUUUUGUGAACAACGAGACCAAGUCCGGGCGGGCCUACCGUCUCUUCAACUGGAUAAUCAACAUAUGCCUGGGCAUCCAAAUCAUCGUUGGCGCCGCAGUGACCGCUGUCGGAGCAGCGAGCGGGCGCCAUGCCGCCGUCACAGCCUUUGGUGCCAUUAAUAUCAUCAUGGCCGGUAUUCUGACCUACCUCCGCAGUUCCGGACUCCCAGACCGUCUGAAGGCCUACCAGAACAAAUGGAAGAACAUCCGGGAGUACAUCGAGCAACGUGAGCGAGAGUUCUGUUUAGUUGGUUGUGAUCUCGAUGUACAAGAAGAAGUCUUCAUAGUGGAGAGCAUGUACCAGAGCGUCAAAUCGGAAAUGGAAACAAACAAGAGUUCCGGCGAUGGCAGGUCUCAGCAACCGGAUGACCCGCGCAUUCGACGCUCUCUGCUCCCACCUUCACAUCAACUCACUGGAGAGCGACAGACUACGACAUCGGUCAGACGUUGUGAUUUGUGUCAUCAGAGUUCCCCUGAUGACGGGCCUGUCAGUCCAGUCACUAUUCCCGAGCGGACUGCGGAGAAGGUCUAG